AUGAACGGUGGCGCCGAUGCAGCUGCACUUUUGGAUUUUUCCAGCGGCAGUCUACCGGGCAGAAACAUGAUAAAGCGCUCUGAUUUUCCCUCAGAUUUUAUCUUCGGUUCGGCAACAUCUGCUUAUCAGGUCGAAGGUGCUUGGGCAACAGGAGGUAAAAGUCAAAGCAUCUGGGAUGUCUUCACAAUGAGAACACCUGGUAAAAUUGAGGGUGGAGCUAAUGGGUGUGUUGCAAUUGAUCAAUAUAAUUUGUGGAAGGAAGACGUGGCUUUGUUAAAGAAAGUGGGUUUAGACUCUUACAGAUUUUCAAUUGCAUGGACCAGAGUAUUGCCAGGGGGGAAAUUAUCUGCUGGAAUAAGCAAAGAAGGAAUCAAGUACUAUAAUGAUCUUAUAGACUUGCUCUUGGCCGAAGGCAUUGAACCGUGUGCAACUAUAUUCCACUGGGAUGUUCCCCAAUAUUUGGAAGAAGAGUACGGUGGCUUCUUGAGUCCUCAAAUUGUGAAGGACUACUGUGAGUUUGCGGAGCUUUGCUUUUGGGAAUUUGGUGAUCGGGUGAAGUAUUGGAUCACUUUGAAUGAACCGUCAUCCUUUGCUAUUCAAGGAUACGCAACUGGUACUUUCGCACCUGGUCGUGGUCCAGCCUCAGCCGAGCCUGCACAUCAAGGAGGCAAGAUAGGAAUAACAAAUGUCGCUCAGUGGUAUGAGCCACUCACUGACACCAAAGCUGAUAAAGAGGCUGCAUCAAGGGCCCUUGAUUUUGUGUUGGGAUGGUUUGUAGCACCUGUAGUAACUGGUGACUACCCACCAGUUAUGCGAAAACUAGUUGGAGACCGUCUUCCCAAAUUUACACAAGAACAAGCUAAGUUGGUGAAAGGGACUUAUGAUUUUCUGGGCAUAAACUAUUACACAAGUAUUUAUGCUAGCAAUUCACCUAGCAAACCUGGUACAGCACUAAGUUACUCAAAUGAUCAGGGUAUCGCAUUAUCAAGUGAGCGUGAUGGGAUACCUAUUGGUCCAAAGGGUGGCUCAAAUUGGUUGUCUAUUGUUCCAAAUGGGAUUUACAAGCUGUUGGUUCAUGUAAAGGAAACAUAUAAUAGUCCCAUCAUUUACAUCACAGAGAAUGGGGUGGAUGAAGUAAACGAUACGUCCCUAACAUUGUCGGAAGCUCGGUUUGAUGAGACGAGAAUUAAAUAUCACCAAGACCAUCUCUAUUAUAUUAAGAAAGCAAUGGAAGAAGGUGUGGAUGUGAAGGCUUACUAUAUAUGGUCAAUGUUCGAUACUUUUGAAUGGGCCGCUGGAUACAGUGUUAGAUUUGGCCUUUUCUACGUAGAUUUCGUUAAUGGCAAUUUCACAAGAUUCCCCAAAGCCUCUGCUAUAUGGCUAAUGAAUUUCUUGAACAAGAAGAGAAUCACAUUGAAGAGACAGGCUCCAAAAAAUGAAGAGGAGAAUGGCUCUGUGAAAAAGGUUAAGAAGCAGUGA